GGCAGCCGCAGCAAUGGCGGCGCUGCCCUACCCGAGCCCGCCUUUUCCUCCUCCUCCUCCUCCUCCUCCUCCUCCUUCUCCACCUCCUCCCGCCGCGCCCGGCCCGCGGCCGCCAUCUUAGAGGCGGGCAGAGGCGGGCGGAAGGGGCCGGGUGGUGGCAGGGAAGGGACGUGGCCGGGACGCAGCCAUGGCGGCAGCGAAGCCCGGGGCUGGUGGCGGCGGCACCACCAACCUCCUCUUCUCCUCCUCCGCCACCGAGUUCAACUUCACGGUGCCCUUCAUCCCCGUCAGCCAAGCCCCGGCCGCGCCGCCGGGCCCUGCUCUGCUGGCAGCGGAUGAUUCUGCAGACGUUGGUGAAGAGGACAGCUUCUUGGGUCAGACCACUGCGAGCCCGAAUCCACCACAGACUUUCAACUAUUUCUCUCAAGUACCUAGCAGCAGCGAUCCCUUUGGAAGCAUUGGACAGCCGCCCCUAACAACUGUUGCACCGCCUGCUGGAGCGCCGGCCUUCUCCAGGCCUCCAACUUCACUUCCACUUGGGUCUGGGCCACAGGAUGGGCAAAAUGCCUUCUCACCGCACGUUCCCAAGUCCCAGGCCUCUUACGGCGCACCACCUACUUCAAAGGGGGGAAUGGCGGCUUACCAGACUCCUCAGCAGAGCUGUCCCCCACCUGCAAAUGUUUCUGCUCUCCCCCACGGCACGUCUCCGCAGGGGUAUAACCCUUACCGCCACACCACCCUGAGCAGCAGAGCCAACCCCUACCUUACUCCGCCGCAGCUGCAGCAGAGUCCUACGCCAGGCCAAGCUGCUCACCCGCCGUCCUCUGUACCACCUGCGCAGAUGUACCAGACACCUCCAGGGUCAUUGAUGCAGUUUCCCCAGCCUCAGUCGCAGCUCCCCGCUCCCAGGCCAGCGGGUCCACUGGUCCCGGCACCUCCUGUUCUGCUGCAGAACCAAUAUGAGCCUGUUCAGCCGCACUGGUUCUACUGUAAGGAGGUGGAGGACAAGCAAGUAUGGAUGCCAUUCAGCCUUCUGGAUUCUGCAAAACUAGAGGAAGUCUAUAAUUCUGUCCAGCCUGAUCCUGAGAGCGUGGUCCUGAGCACUGACGGGGGACGCUAUGAUGUGUACCUGUAUGACAGAAUGAGGAAAGCUGUCUACUGGGACGAAGAGCCUUCUGAAGUGAGACGGUGCAUGUGGUUUUAUAAGGGAGACAAGGACAGUCGCUUUAUUCCUUACACUGAGGAUUUCAGUGAUAAGCUAGAGGCAGAAUAUAAAAGGGCUGUAACUACAAAUCAAUGGCACCGUCGACUUGAAUUUCCAAAUGGGGAGACAAUUGUUAUGCAUAAUCCCAAGGUCAUAGUUCAGUUCCAACCUUCUGCCACGCCAGAUGAAUGGGGCACCACUCAAGAUGGUCAGGCAAGACCAAGGGUAGUAAAACGUGGAAUUGAUGAUGACCAUGACGACAUUCCCGAUGGAGAAAUGGCCCAAAUUGACCAUCUAGUAUUUAUGGUUCAUGGCAUAGGUCCUGUAUGUGACUUGAGAUUUAGAAGCAUUGUUGAAUGCGUUGAUGAUUUUAGGACUGUUUCUCUGAAGUUGUUACAGACUCACUUCAAGAAAUCUUUAGAGGAACGUAAAGUGAGCAGGGUGGAAUUCCUCCCAGUUCACUGGCAUAGCUCUCUACAUGGAGAUGCAACAGGUGUAGACAGGAACAUAAAAAAAAUCACUUUGCCGAGCAUUGGACGGCUGCGCCACUUCACCAAUGAGACACUCCUCGACAUCCUGUUUUACAACAGCCCCACCUACUGUCAGACGAUUGUGGAUAAAGUAGGGAUGGAAAUGAACCGUUUGUACGCACUUUUCAUGAGUCGCAACCCCGACUUCAAAGGGGGAGUCUCUGUGGCUGGACACAGCUUAGGUUCCUUAAUCUUAUUCGACAUAUUGUCUAACCAGAAGGACUUGGCUUCAUCAGUAAAUACUGGGGCUUUCUCUGGUGUUAAUGGGACUGUAAAGGAUAUGGCUAUUCAUGAUAAACAGAUGACUGAAGAUACCAGUUCCUUGGGCUCCUCAAUUACUACUUCUGGUGAUGACCUUUGUGAGCCUGAAAUAGACGAUGAUGUUCCUACUUUGCAGAAGACUCUGGAAAUGCUUAGUUUAUCAGACUAUGCAAGCACAUUUGAAAAGGAGCGAAUUGACAUGGAGUCUCUGCUGAUGUGCACAAUCGAUGACCUGAAGGAAAUGGGGAUACCUCUUGGACCAAGAAAGAAAAUAGCCAAUUUUGUAAAAGACAGAGCAGCCAAGCAGGAACAAAAGAGAGCAGCAGCAGAAAAGAAAGCAGUACUGGCCGCCACCCUCCAAACUCAAGAAGCUUCCCAGAAGGCAAAAGAGACAGUUACUUCUAUUUCCGCUUCCGAGUCGGGUCAGCAGCACCCAAAGAGGAGGCUCCCAGUUGGUGCGUCUGUUUCUUCUGUGAACAUUGACUAUGAGUAUUUUGAAGUUGGAACUGGCCAGGUUUCAGUAGUUUACAAUGCAUUGGACUUUGAACCGGAUAUUUUCUUUGCUCUUGGUUCUCCUAUUGGUGUGUUCCUUACUGUGCGAGGACUGGAAAAGAUUGAUGAAAACUACAGGCUUCCGACCUGCAAGGGUUUCUUCAAUAUUUAUCAUCCACUGGAUCCAGUAGCUUACAGGUUAGAACCAAUGAUCAUUGAAGACUUGGAUUUAAAACCAGUUCUUAUUCCACAUCAUAAAGGCAGAAAAAGGCUUCAUCUAGAGUUGAAAGACUCUCUUUCUCGUAUGGGAUCUGAUCUGAAACAGGGUUUUAUUAGUUCUUUGAAGAGUGCCUGGCAGACCCUUAAUGAAUUUGCACGUGCUCAUACGUCUUCAACUCAGCUACAAGCAGAACUGGAGAAAGUAGCUAACCAGAUUAAAGAGGAAGAAGAAAAGCAGGUGGUAGAAGCUGAAAAGAUCACUGAAAGUCCAGACCCUCCAAAAGAUGAGGAUUUUUCAGUGAAGGUUGGAAUGCUGAAUGGAGGACGUCGCAUUGACUACGUUCUACAAGAAAAACCAAUAGAAAGCUUCAAUGAAUACCUUUUCGCUUUACAGAGUCAUUUGUGCUACUGGGCAUCUGAAGACACUGCCUUGCUGUUUCUCAAAGAAAUAUACAGGACUAUGAAUAUCAAUCCUGAGCAGCCGCAACAUUGAUGUAUGGGUACAUGAAUUUCCAUACCUGUUGGCCUGACAGAUCUGCUGAAAAACAUUUCGAAGAACGUCUAGUAUUUUCAUAGUCAGAGGUGACGGGAUAAGCACCAGACUUUUUUCCUGCAGUCCAGAACUCGCUCAGAUUCUGCCUUACUGUGUCACUUCAAGCAAACUUCUGAAAAGAUCAGCACCGUCAUUCAAGAGACGGAUGGAAUGACACGAUUUUGAUCUUAUCAGUUUAAUUGUACAGUUGCCAAAUAUAAAGUGAUCAUUGAAGAGGUUCUUUGGCAUGGAAAUCAUUACUUCUCUCCUUCCUUCUAUCUCAGCUGGCUGUCAAACGUGCUUUGUCUAUCAAGGCAGCAUGUCCUUAUUAAAAAGGACUUGUUGAGAAACAGCAAUAAUCUGCUUUUCUUGACACGUUUGUUGGUCCACCUUUUAAUAAUGAAAUGUGAACUGUAGUUAUAACCAUCUUUAACACAGAUGACACAAAGCUGUUCCUAUUUACUAAAAACUAGCAACCAGAAUCAUUUUCUUACUAUUGUAAGUGUUAUGGAGAUUUUAUAAAGACCUUUUUAAGCCUC